GCGCCGGGCGAGCGCGGCGCUAUUUCCAGCCUUGCCGGAGGCUUCGCUCGCACUUCGCUGGGAGCCUCUCGGCGCGCUGGCCGGAUCCGCCGGUGGUGUAGGGAGGAGAAGGCGGCGGCGGGAGGCGGGGGACCAACCGGGGCCGGGGGCCGAGGAGGAACACGCCACCGCGCCCUCUCCGUCUCCUGCGCGCUCUAGCCGCCGGCCCCACGCCGCUCGCCUCACCCACCGCACGGGGUUCUUCUCGGAGUGGGAGGAGGCGCCGGGCCCAAGCUGGGGCGGAGGUCCUCCCUGUCGCCCGGGAGCCCCGGAGCGGAGGAUUCGCUGUGGAGGACCGCGCCGGCGGCCCCGGGAGCGCCGGCUGCGUCAGCUCCCUGGCUGACGUGUGAUGGAUACCUACGCGUCUCUCUUGGUCCAAAGACACUGUCAGAGCCUCCUCACCGUGGCCUGAUGGACGCCUGGUGUGGACGAUGAGGGAAGAACAUGCCUCCCACACCCGAGAGGUGACCCCGGAGCGAGCCCCGGAUGACCUCGCGAGCCGGAACAAUGCGGCUGGCCUGCAUGUUCUCAUCCAUCCUGCUGUUCGGAGCCGCGGGCCUCCUCCUCUUCAUCAGCCUGCAGGACCCCUCGGAGCUCGCCCCCCAGCAGGUGCCAGGAAUAAAGUUCAACGUCAGGCCACAGCAGCCCCACAACGACCUCCCACCAGGCAGUUCCCAGGAUGGUGACUUUAAGGCACCCACAGAGAGCGUCACCCGAGACUUGCCCAGCCGGGCCCCAAGGGGCCUCAACCUGCAGCCUGCCCAGCCUCAAGGCCACCUAAACAUGGGGGUCCAUCUGAGACCCCGGCAGCGCCGCCGGCGGCUGCUUAUCAAGAAAAUGCCGGCUGCAGCUGCUAUCCCGGCCAACAGCUCGGCCGGUACCUUUGUCCGUCCAGCGCCCCGGGCCCUGGACGGCCAGUGGGUCAGCCUGCAUCAGAGCCAGGAGGAGCGCAAGCGGGUGAUGCGGGAGGCGUGUGCCAAGUACCGGGGGAGCAGCAGCCGCAGGGCCGUCACGCCACGCCACGUGUCCCGCAUCUUCGUGGAGGACCGCCACCGCGUGCUGUACUGCGAGGUGCCCAAGGCAGGCUGCUCUAACUGGAAGCGGGUGCUCAUGGUGCUGGCCGGGCUGGCCUCAUCCACCGCGGACAUCCAGCACAAUACCGUCCACUAUGGCAGCGCCCUUAAGCGGCUGGACACCUUCGACCGCCAGGGCAUCCUUCACCGCCUCAGCACCUACACCAAGAUGCUCUUUGUCCGCGAGCCCUUCGAGAGGCUGGUCUCUGCCUUCCGCGACAAGUUCGAGCACCCCAAUAGCUACUAUCACCCCGUCUUUGGCAAGGCCAUCCUGGCCCGGUACCGGGCCAACGCCUCUCGGGAGGCUCUGCGGACGGGCUCCGGCGUGCGGUUCCCCGAGUUCGUCCAGUACCUGCUGGACGUGCACCGGCCCGUGGGCAUGGACAUCCACUGGGACCACGUCAGCCGGCUCUGCAGCCCCUGCCUCAUCGACUAUGACUUUGUGGGCAAGUUUGAGAGCAUGGAGGACGACGCCAACUUCUUCCUGAGCCUCAUCCAGGCGCCGCGGAACCUGACCUUCCCGCGGUUCAAGGACCGGCACUCGCAGGAGGCGCGCACGACGGCGCGCAUCACCCACCAGUACUUCGCCCAGCUCUCGGCCCUGCAGCGGCAGCGCACUUACGACUUCUACUACAUGGACUACCUGAUGUUCAACUACUCCAAGCCCUUCGCAGACCUGUACUGAGGGGCGGGGCCACUCACGUGUCCGGGGGCAUCCCACUUUCCAUGAUUCUCAGCCCUGAGCUGAGAUGUACCCAGAGCAACAGGUCUUUGAGGGCAUGAGGAACCGUGGCUGCUGGCCACUCCACUGCCGGCCCUUGGUGGGGGACAGAGGUCCAGGCCUUGGAUGGGGACCCUGGCCCUUGUCUCAUACCCACUUCCUCACUCCUCCACUGAGAAAGAUGCUUGGCGGGGGGGGCUGGACCCCAGGAGUCCCAGCUGCCCACACCCAGCUCAGCCAAGAGUCACAAUGACCAGGGAAGUCUGUGGCCCAGAGGACGUGGGCCCCAGCGGUGAGGGAUUUCCUGCAGUCCCUUAGCCAUUGCCUUGUACCAAACCACACGGUUUGCAGCUUUUCUAUGACCCAGGGGGAAGGUUCCCUUGGAAUGAGGUUCCAAAUAAAGCACAUGGUUUCCAGA